AUGAGAAAUGUAAUUUUCCAUGUAUUAUUAUUUUCUCUUAGAUUCGGCACAGUUGGAGUUUUUGUUAAACUGAUAUUCAAGGUCAAAACACCAGUCCCCACUGAGGAUGAUGUCCUUGGUGCCGUUAAGAAGCAAUUGUCUCCUCAAUUCACGACCACUCAAACCACCUUCCAGAAUGCAACUUAUAUCAAACUUACAGAUACUUCAUUUGCCAUCGACCUUGGUUUCCAAAUAACCAAUGUAACGCAGGAGUCUCUAAGUAAUAGACUCACACUCACCAAUGAGACCGAAACCCAGAUACAGGAUUCAAUUAACAGACUACUCCAUAAGGUUCUCAGCGAACCAGACGGCAAACAGUUUCAAUUUCCCAACGCCAACUUCAUUGAUGAUGGCACUGAAAUCACGGCAAACGUGACGUAUGUAUACAAAGAGGAAGAUGUCAACCACCCUAGUGGUUUUCUACAGGAAGUCUUAAAAGUCUCAGGUCUCCUGACCACCACUGUUGCCCCAACAACAACUACCAACACCACACCACUUCCUACCCUUUUGACUUCAGUGACAUCAACAACUAGAUUCGGCACAGUUGGAGUUUUUGUUAAACUGAUAUUCAAGGUCAAAACACCAGUCCCCACUGAGGAUGAUGUCCUUGGUGCCGUUAAGAAGCAAUUGUCUCCUCAAUUCACGACCACUCAAACCACCUUCCAGAAUGCAACUUAUAUCAAACUUACAGAUACUUCAUUUGCCAUCGACCUUGGUUUCAAAAUAACCAAUGUAACGCAGGAGUCUCUAAGUAAUAGACUCACACUCACCAAUGAGACCGAAACCCAGAUACAGGAUUCAAUUAACAGACUACUCCAUAAGGUUCUCAGCGAACCAGACGGCAAACAGUUUCAAUUUCCCAACGCCAACUUCAUUGAUGAUGGCACUGAAAUCACGGCAAACGUGACGUAUGUAUACAAAGAGGAAGAUGUCAACCACCCUAGUGGUUUUCUACAGGAAGUCUUAAAAGUCUCAGGUCUCCUGACCACCACUGUUGCCCCAACAACAACUACCAACACCACACCACUUCCUACCCUUUUGACUUCAGUGACAUCAACAACUAGAUUCGGCACAGUUGGAGUUUUUGUUAAACUGAUAUUCAAGGUCAAAACACCAGUCCCCACUGAGGAUGAUGUCCUUGGUGCCGUUAAGAAGCAAUUGUCUCCUCAAUUCACGACCACUCAAACCACCUUCCAGAAUGCAACUUAUAUCAAACUUACAGAUACUUCAUUUGCCAUCGACCUUGGUUUCAAAAUAACCAAUGUAACGCAGGAGUCUCUAAGUAAUAGACUCACACUCACCAAUGAGACCGAAACCCAGAUACAGGAUUCAAUUAACAGACUACUCCAUAAGGUUCUCAGCGAACCAGACGGCAAACAGUUUCAAUUUCCCAACGCCAACUUCAUUGAUGAUGGCACUGAAAUCACGGCAAACGUGACGUAUGUAUACAAAGAGGAAGAUGUCAACCACCCUAGUGGUUUUCUACAGGAAGUCUUAAAAGUCUCAGGUCUCCUGACCACCACUGUUGCCCCAACAACAACUACCAACACCACACCACUUCCUACCCUUUUGACUUCAGUGACAUCAACAACUAGAUUCGGCACAGUUGGAGUUUUUGUUAAACUGAUAUUCAAGGUCAAAACACCAGUCCCCACUGAGGAUGAUGUCCUUGGUGCCGUUAAGAAGCAAUUGUCUCCUCAAUUCACGACCACUCAAACCACCUUCCAGAAUGCAACUUAUAUCAAACUUACAGAUACUUCAUUUGCCAUCGACCUUGGUUUCAAAAUAACCAAUGUAACGCAGGAGUCUCUAAGUAAUAGACUCACACUCACCAAUGAGACCGAAACCCAGAUACAGGAUUCAAUUAACAGACUACUCCAUAAGGUUCUCAGCGAACCAGACGGCAAACAGUUUCAAUUUCCCAACGCCAACUUCAUUGAUGAUGGCACUGAAAUCACGGCAAACGUGACGUAUGUAUACAAAGAGGAAGAUGUCAACCACCCUAGUGGUUUUCUACAGGAAGUCUUAAAAGUCUCAGGUCUCCUGACCACCACUGUUGCCCCAACAACAACUACCAACACCACACCACUUCCUACCCUUUUGACUUCAGUGACAUCAACAACUAGAUUCGGCACAGUUGGAGUUUUUGUUAAACUGAUAUUCAAGGUCAAAACACCAGUCCCCACUGAGGAUGAUGUCCUUGGUGCCGUUAAGAAGCAAUUGUCUCCUCAAUUCACGACCACUCAAACCACCUUCCAGAAUGCAACUUAUAUCAAACUUACAGAUACUUCAUUUGCCAUCGACCUUGGUUUCAAAAUAACCAAUGUAACGCAGGAGUCUCUAAGUAAUAGACUCACACUCACCAAUGAGACCGAAACCCAGAUACAGGAUUCAAUUAACAGACUACUCCAUAAGGUUCUCAGCGAACCAGACGGCAAACAGUUUCAAUUUCCCAACGCCAACUUCAUUGAUGAUGGCACUGAAAUCACGGCAAACGUGACGUAUGUAUACAAAGAGGAAGAUGUCAACCACCCUAGUGGUUUUCUACAGGAAGUCUUAAAAGUCUCAGGUCUCCUGACCACCACUGUUGCCCCAACAACAACUACCAACACCACACCACUUCCUACCCUUUUGACUUCAGUGACAUCAACAACUAGAUUCGGCACAGUUGGAGUUUUUGUUAAACUGAUAUUCAAGGUCAAAACACCAGUCCCCACUGAGGAUGAUGUCCUUGGUGCCGUUAAGAAGCAAUUGUCUCCUCAAUUCACGACCACUCAAACCACCUUCCAGAAUGCAACUUAUAUCAAACUUACAGAUACUUCAUUUGCCAUCGACCUUGGUUUCAAAAUAACCAAUGUAACGCAGGAGUCUCUAAGUAAUAGACUCACACUCACCAAUGAGACCGAAACCCAGAUACAGGAUUCAAUUAACAGACUACUCCAUAAGGUUCUCAGCGAACCAGACGGCAAACAGUUUCAAUUUCCCAACGCCAACUUCAUUGAUGAUGGCACUGAAAUCACGGCAAACGUGACGUAUGUAUACAAAGAGGAAGAUGUCAACCACCCUAGUGGUUUUCUACAGGAAGUCUUAAAAGUCUCAGGUCUCCUGACCACCACUGUUGCCCCAACAACAACUACCAACACCACACCACUUCCUACCCUUUUGACUUCAGUGACAUCAACAACUAGAUUCGGCACAGUUGGAGUUUUUGUUAAACUGAUAUUCAAGGUCAAAACACCAGUCCCCACUGAGGAUGAUGUCCUUGGUGCCGUUAAGAAGCAAUUGUCUCCUCAAUUCACGACCACUCAAACCACCUUCCAGAAUGCAACUUAUAUCAAACUUACAGAUACUUCAUUUGCCAUCGACCUUGGUUUCAAAAUAACCAAUGUAACGCAGGAGUCUCUAAGUAAUAGACUCACACUCACCAAUGAGACCGAAACCCAGAUACAGGAUUCAAUUAACAGACUACUCCAUAAGGUGCUCAGUGAACCAGACGGCAAACAGUUUCAAUUUCCCAACGCCAACUUCAUUGAUGAUGGCACUGAAAUCACGGCAAACGUGACGUAUGUAUACAAAGAGGAAGAUGUCAACCACCCUAGUGGUUUUCUACAGGAAGUCUUAAAAGUCUCAGGUCUCCUGACCACCACUGUUGCCCCAACAACAACUACCAACACCACACCACUUCCUACCCUUUUGACUUCAGUGACAUCAACAACUAGAUUCGGCACAGUUGGAGUUUUUGUUAAACUGAUAUUCAAGGUCAAAACACCAGUCCCCACUGAGGAUGAUGUCCUUGGUGCCGUUAAGAAGCAAUUGUCUCCUCAAUUCACGACCACUCAAACCACCUUCCAGAAUGCAACUUAUAUCAAACUUACAGAUACUUCAUUUGCCAUCGACCUUGGUUUCAAAAUAACCAAUGUAACGCAGGAGUCUCUAAGUAAUAGACUCACACUCACCAAUGAGACCGAAACCCAGAUACAGGAUUCAAUUAACAGACUACUCCAUAAGGUGCUCAGUGAACCAGACGGCAAACAGUUUCAAUUUCCCAACGCCAACUUCAUUGAUGAUGGCACUGAAAUCACGGCAAACGUGACGUAUGUAUACAAAGAGGAAGAUGUCAACCACCCUAGUGGUUUUCUACAGGAAGUCUUAAAAGUCUCAGGUCUCCUGACCACCACUGUUGCCCCAACAACAACUACCAACACCACACCACUUCCUACCCUUUUGACUUCAGUGACAUCAACAACUAGAUUCGGCACAGUUGGAGUUUUUGUUAAACUGAUAUUCAAGGUCAAAACACCAGUCCCCACUGAGGAUGAUGUCCUUGGUGCCGUCAAGAAGCAAUUGUCUCCUCAAUUCACGACCACUCAAACCACCUUCCAGAAUGCAACUUAUAUCAAACUUACAGAUACUUCAUUUGCCAUCGACCUUGGUUUCAAAAUAACCAAUGUAACGCAGGAGUCUCUAAGUAAUAGACUCACACUCACCAAUGAGACCGAAACCCAGAUACAGGAUUCAAUUAACAGACUACUCCAUAAGGUGCUCAGUGAACCAGACGGCAAACAGUUUCAAUUUCCCAACGCCAACUUCAUUGAUGAUGGCACUGAAAUCACGGCAAACGUGACGUAUGUAUACAAAGAGGAAGAUGUCAACCACCCUAGUGGUUUUCUACAGGAAGUCUUAAAAGUCUCAGGUCUCCUGACCACCACUGUUGCCCCAACAACAACUACCAACACCACACCACUUCCUACCCUUUUGACUUCAGUGACAUCAACAACUAGAUUCGGCACAGUUGGAGUUUUUGUUAAACUGAUAUUCAAGGUCAAAACACCAGUCCCCACUGAGGAUGAUGUCCUUGGUGCCGUCAAGAAGCAAUUGUCUCCUCAAUUCACGACCACUCAAACCACCUUCCAGAAUGCAACUUAUAUCAAACUUACAGAUACUUCAUUUGCCAUCGACCUUGGUUUCAAAAUAACCAAUGUAACGCAGGAGUCUCUAAGUAAUAGACUCACACUCACCAAUGAGACCGAAACCCAGAUACAGGAUUCAAUUAACAGACUACUCCAUAAGGUGCUCAGUGAACCAGACGGCAAACAGUUUCAAUUUCCCAACGCCAACUUCAUUGAUGAUGGCACUGAAAUCAAGGCAAACGUGACGUAUGUAUACAAAGAGGAAGAUGUCAACCACCCUAGUGGUUUUCUACAGGAAGUCUUAAAAGUCUCAGGUCUCCUGACCACCACUGUUGCCCCAACAACAACUACCAACACCACACCACUUCCUACCCUUUUGACUUCAGUGACAUCAACAACUAGAUUCGGCACAGCCGUGGUUUUUGUUGAACUGAUAUUCAACCUCAAAAAACCAGUCCCCACUGAGGCUGAUGUCCUUGGUGCCGUCAAUAAGCAACUGUCUCUUCAAUCCAAGACCACUCAAACCACCUUCCAGAAUGCAACUUAUAUCAAACUUUCAGAUACUUCAUUUGCCAUCAACCUUGGUUUCAAAAUAACCAAUGUAACCCUGGAGUCUCUAAGUAAUAGACUCACAUUCACCAAUGAGACCUACGUCCAGAUACAGCUUUCAAUUAACACACUUCUCCGUCAACUUCUCAGUGAACCAAACGGCAACCAGUUUCAAUUUCCCAACGCCAACUUCAUUGCUGAUGGCACUGAAAUCAGGGCAAAUGUGACAUAUGUAUACAAAGAGGAAGAUGUCAACCACCCUAGUGGUUUUCUUCAGGAAGUCUUAAAAGUCUCAGGUCUCCUGACCACCACUGUUGCCCCAACAACAACUACCAGCACCACACCACUUCCUACCCUUUUACUGACCACUCCUUUCAAUACCACAAGUGUUGGAGGGUUUCCUGGCUGGGCUUUGGCCAUUAUCAUUCCUUGUGGCAUCGCUAUUAUUCUGGUACCCCUGUGGAUCCUGCUAUGUUGUAUGCUAUGUGGCUGCUGUGCAGCUGUAAGGAGACGCUGGCACAGGCGCAGAUCUUACAAUGUACAGUACACCACCAGAAACGGACUCUUCUGAGGUGACAACACUAACAUCAGUAGGCAAUUGUCAUCACAAGAACAGCCAAUUAUCUACCUAUAUCUGCUAAUCAGGAGGUUUCAUUGGGUACUUGCAUCUAUUUAUUUUUUAGCAUGAAAAUACAAUUCAUAAUGUGCUUAAUAAUCCACAUGUUUUGUGCAUUGUACAAUUUUUUAUAUUAUACAUCUGAUUGUUUAUCAAAGUUACAGCUGAGCUGAACAGCAUGUAUGUUUAUGUAUUUAUUAGCUAUGUAAUUUAUGUGGUUUCAAGCUGUGCUGUCCACUGACUAAAAUGGUUAUCAGUUAUUUAUUUAACGUAUAAUAAGGUAGAUUAAAAUAUUUAUUUGAGUUUUGUUAUUUCCUCUCUUGACUAACUAUUAACUAACUUAUUUUCAACUGCAAUACAGUACUUGUUUCUUCAUCACACAGUUUGACAAAUGUAAUAAAGACUUUGCAAAUCAG